GCAGGCUACACGCAUGCAAGGCUGAAUGAAUGAGGGAAUGAAUGAAUGCACGAACGAGCCAGUUUUGCAUGGAUCAGGACUCCCGAAGCCCUUCGCGCCCCACCCGCGGCCCGCGGACGCCCGGAGCAGGGGCCCCCAGCCUGAAGAAUUACCGAGUUUGCACAGCUUUAAGAGCACGGUCUUCAAAACACCCAAGGUCUGCGGGGUUUGCAAGCAGGUAAUUGACGGCCAAGGGAUCUCAUGCCGAGCCUGCAAGUACCCGUGCCACAAGAAAUGUGAAGCAAAGGUGCUGACUCGCUGCUGUACGCAGGUGCGCGUGGAACAGGCUCCGGGGGGCUCUGCACCGUCCGCUGCUCUCUGCCGUGCCGGGCCGCCCAGGCCCGCGGUGCCGAGCCCCGCCAUGGAGGACGGCCGCGAGCUGGAGCUCACCUACGUCACCGAGCGCAUCAUCGCCGUGUCCUUCCCCGCCAGCUGCUCCGAGGAGUCAUACCUGCACAACCUGCAGGAGGUGACACGCAUGCUGAGGUCCAAACACGGGGACAACUACCUGGUGUUAAACCUUUCCGAAAAGCGAUAUGACCUUACGAAGCUUAACCCAAAGAUCCUGGACGUGGGCUGGCCCGAGCUGCACGCCCCGCCGCUGGACCAGGUGUGCUCCGUCUGCAAGGCGCAGGAGUCCUGGCUGAACAGUGACCCCCAGCACGUGGUCGUCAUCCACUGCAGGGGCGGAAAGGGACGCAUCGGCGUGGUGAUAUCGUCCUACAUGCACUUCACCAACGUGUCCGCCAGUGCUGACCAGGCCCUGGACAGAUUCGCCAUGAAGAAGUUCUAUGAUGAUAAAGUUUCAAAUUUAAUGCAGCCGUCCCAGAAACGGUACGUGCAGUUCCUCAGCGGGCUCCUGUCGGGGACGGUGAAGAUGAACACCGCGCCACUCUUCCUGCAUUUCGUCAUCCUGCAUGGCACUCCCAACUUCGACGCAGGCGGGGUGUGCCGGCCCUUCCUGAAGCUCUACCAGGCCAUGCAGCCCGUGUACACGUCGGGGAUCUACAACGUCAGCCCCGGAAGCCAAAGCAGUAUCCCCAUCGCCAUUGAGCCGGCACAGCUGCUCAAAGGAGACAUCAUGAUCAAGUGCUACCACAAGAAGUACCGCGCGGCCACCCGCGACGUCAUCUUCCGCCUGCAGUUUCACACCGGGGCCGUCCAGGGCUGCGGGCUGGUGUUCCGGAAGGAGGAUCUGGACACUGCCAGCCAAGAUGACCGUUUUCCUGAUAAUGGCAAGAUUGAAUUAGUGUUCUCUGCCACUCCUGAGAAGAUUCAAGGGUGUGAACACCUAUGCAAUGACCAUGGAGUGAUCGUGGACUUCAACACAGCAGACCCCCUGAUCCGUUGGGACUCGUACGAGAGCCUGAGUGUCGGCGGAGAAGUGCUGCACACACAGGGCCCAGUCGAUGGCAGCCUGUACGCCAAGGUGAGGAAGAAGAGCGCCUCGGACCCUGGCGUCCCAGGCGGGGCCCCGGCCGUGCCCGCCACUGCCAGCCCGGACCACGGCGACCACACCCUGUCGGUCAGCAGCGACUCCGGCCACUCUACCGCGUCCGUCCGGACCGACCGCACGGAGGAGCAGCCUGCCGCGGGGCCCAGGCGGGGCCUCAGCCCCCAGGAGAAGGCCGAGCUCGACCAGCUGCUCAGCGGCUUCGGCCUGGAAGAUUCUGGAAGCCCCCUCAAGGAUAUGACCGAUGCUCCCGGCAAGUACAGGGGCGCACGCCACGUUGUGCCUGCCCAGGUGCAUGUGAACGGUGACACCGCCCUCAAGGAGCGGGAGACGGACAUCCUGGACGACGAUAUGCCUGGCCACGACCUGCACAGCGUGGAUAGCAUGGGCACGCUGUCCUCCUCUGAGGGGCACCAGUCGGCCCACCUGGGCCCCUUUGCCUGCUACCAGAGCAGCCAGAACUCCCUCCUGUCUGACGGGUUUGGCGGCAGCGCUGGUGAAGACGCACACGGUGGCCUCGCCCCUGACCUGAGCCUCAGUGCGGACCCCCCGUUCGAGCGGGAGCGGGCGUUCGGGGUCCGAGAGCCGAGGCAGCUGCAGCCAGCACUGCGGACACCCUCCGUGUCGGCCCAGACGCAGGCCUACGGGCAGAGCAGCUACUCCACGCACACCUGGGUGCGCCAGCAGCAGAUGGUGGCCGCCCAGCAGUACGCCUUCGCUCCCGACGGCGAGGCCAGGCUGGGCGGCCGCAGCCCCGAGGAUGGGCCUGGCCUGCUGCAGGCCCAGCCCAGGGCUCUGGUCACCCCCACCCGGGGGACCGGGAGCAGAGCGGCUCCGCCAAGGGGUGUGGGCCCUGGGCCCCAGCUCCCCGAGGCACAGCGGCCCCCUCCUGGCAAAGCGUUCAAGCCCAGGUUUCCGGACAUCAGGGUCCUUAACGGGACUGGACUGGAGCCCGGCGUGGACCCGGCCCCAGGCUCGCCCACCCUGGACAUCGACCAGUCCAUCGAGCAGCUCAACAGGCUCAUCUUGGAGCUGGACCCUACCUUUGAGCCCCUCCCUACCCACAUGAACACACCUGGCAUCCAGGCCAACGGCCCCGUGCUGCCUGACGGCACGGGAGGCGGGCUGCGGGACGCCGGAGAGGGCCCCGGCAGGGCCUCCAUGCGGCAAGGCUCCCCAGGGGAGAAGCCACUAGGCGGAAGAUUCCGGAAGCUGAGCCUCGGGCAGUAUGAUAACGAAGGUGCCGGGCAGCCGGCCUUCCCCAAGUGCGGAUGGGGCAAGACCCCGGGUGCGGAGCAGGCUGCAAGCCUGUCGCCUUUCCUGUCUCCGCCCGACGCCAAGGAGACGGCGGCUGCCGCGUACCCCCCAGACCCCGAUGGACUCAGCGGCAGGAACUUCUCUCCGACCAAAAGCGGCAGUGACUCGCCGUCCCCCACGCCCGCAUUUCCCGUGUCUCCGGAAACUCCGUACGUGACGACGCCGCCGCGAUAUGCGCCGUUCAGCCCGCCCGGGCCGCAGGUGGCCGGCGCCAGCGGCCUGUGCAGAGGAGCUCACGAACUUCGCGGCUGCCCUGAGCCCCCGCUGCGCGCUGCGGGGAUGUCCGAGAGCCCCGUCGGGCCCAAAGCUGCGACGCCCCGGGCCGACAUGCCGGCCGCACCCUCCUCCUUCCAGCGGGCAUUCCCAUCCAGCACCAGCUCCAGCAGCAGCCCUGGCCAGCGGCGCGACAGCCCUCCGUGUGCCCAGCUUCCGUGGCUGGACAGCAGCCCCAAAGCCUCGCUGGCCCUGCUGGGGGGCGGCCGGCCGGCGGGCAGUCUCCUCGGCCCCGACGGCCCUGGCCGGCCCCCCCUGCCGCCCGCCGAGCUUCAGGCCUCUCUCCACAACCACGAGCUGGCCCUGGCGGAGCCACCUGAUGCUCUGGGCCCCCUGAGCGGCCCAGCCUUCCUGGGCUUCAGUGCCGCCCCCGGGGGAAGCGGCCAUGCGCCUGGGGAUGACCCCGGCGCCUUGCUGGCCCAUUCCCACGGAGCACCCCAGGCCCCCGGCGCCCCGCGGACGGCAGCAGCGGCUGGUGACAACGGCUUCCUGUCCUCCGGCUUUCUCACGGCCACGCCUGGACACAGCGGCCAUCACAGCCCGCUGAGCCUACCCGGGCAGCCGCCCCUCCCCGAGAAGAAGCGUGCCUCGGAGGGAGACCGGUCUGUGGGCUCGGCCUCCCCUUCCUCCAGUGGCUUCUCCAGCCCCCACAGCGGCAGUUCCGUGAGCAUCCCAUUCCCCAGCAUCCUCCCGGACUUCCCCAGGGCGGUGGAGCCAGCGGCGCCCAGCACAGAUAAUGCAGGUGAUAAGCAUGUGUCCGUGAACUUUGUCCAAGACACAUCCAAAUUCUGGUACAAGGCGGAUAUCUCCCGAGAGCAAGCCAUCGCCAUGCUGAAGGACAAGGAACCCGGGUCGUUCAUCGUCAGGGACAGCCACUCCUUCCGAGGAGCCUACGGCCUGGCCAUGAAGGUGGCCACGCCCCCGCCCUCCGUCCUGCAGCUGAACAAGAAAGUGGGAGAUCUGGCCAACGAGCUCGUGCGGCACUUUCUGAUCGAGUGUACCCCGAAGGGAGUGCGGUUGAAAGGCUGCCCCAACGAACCCUAUUUUGGGAGCCUGACAGCUUUGGUGUGCCAGCAUUCCAUCACGCCCUUGGCCUUGCCCUGCAAGCUGCUCAUUCCAGACAGAGACCCGCUGGACGAAAUAGCCGAGAGUUCUCCCCAGACUGCGGCCAACUCCGCCGCCGAGCUGCUCAAGCAAGGGGCAGCCUGUAACGUGUGGUACCUGAACUCGGUGGAGAUGGAGUCCCUCACCGGCCACCAAGCCGUCCAGAAGGCCCUAAGCCUCACGCUGGUCCAGCAGCCGCCUCCCUUGUGCACGGUCGUGCACUUCAAGGUGUCUGCCCAGGGCAUCACCCUGACGGACAAUCAGAGGAAACUCUUCUUCCGGAGGCACUACCCUGUGAGCAGUGUGAUUUUCUGCGCGCUGGAUCCGCAGGACAGGAAGUGGAUCACGGACGGCCCCUGCUCGCGAGUCUUCGGGUUCGUGGCCCGGAAGCAGGGCAGCGCCACAGACAAUGUGUGCCACCUAUUUGCAGAGCACGACCCGGAGCAGCCCGCCAGCGCCAUCGUCAACUUUGUGUCAAAGGUCAUGAUCGGCUCCCCCAAGAAGAUCUGAGCCAAGAGGGGCCGGGGCAGCGCCGCGUGGGCUGGCGAGCCUGACCCUGCAGCCCCGGGAGGGGGAGGCAUUCCUCAUCCGGCUUUACAGAUUUGGGGACACAGCCCCGCUGCCUCCUGGCCGUCCCUGAGAGACUGCCCCCCACAGCUUCCUGCAGCGCCCACCCGGGCUCUGCUCCGUCGCAGGGGACACAUGUGUGCCUUGCACGCCGGCAUUUGUGGGAAGGACGACGCCCGGCCCCUCGGCAGUGGCCCUGAGUGAGUGGGGGGGCAUCGCCGGCGCGGAGGCCCUGUCCGUCCCGCGCCCCGGGGGGGCACAUCCCUCCUCCACAACAGAUGCCAGCUGAGAAGGUGGCGUGUGUUUGACGAAGGUUCGUGCAGCCCGGGCCCUUCCAGAACUCUGGGGAGGGGACAGCACGCUGGCUGUGAGGACCACGCAGGUCACCUGGUCCCUCGCCAGAGGGGCACCGUAACGCCAGAGAGCGUCAGCCCGGCGCGUGGCAGCCCAGCCUCCUGCUCCCACGCCGGGACCUAGCGGCGCACUGGCCAUGAGGGGAGAAGGAAGACGGAUGGGAAAUGCCGUGUUGUGUAAUUUAUAUUCUACUUAUGCCAAAUUAUUUAUGAUGACACUUUCCUAUUGCUGGAGGGGACAGGGCCCCAUCGCUGCAGGCUGCGGGCUGAGCCCUGGUGGGUGCACCCGCGAUCGGGGGCCUCAACCACCUCCAGCCUGACGGUCAACGUUGCGUGUCCAGGCUGCGGGUGACGUCCUUUCUGUGGGGGAAGGUUCUGGAGGGUGGGUCCCAUUCGGGUUUAGACUCACCCCCGUGUGAGCUGCCGGCCACCUGUCCUGCCUUUGGGGCCCCCGCUGGGACCCUGUGUUUCUAGUGUCCUGAGCAGAGGGGAGGAGGAGGAGGAAGACGCGAGGCUCAGACCUUCCAGGCUGGGGGCCGCUCCUCUGCACCGCCCUGGAGACCGAAUUGGGUGUGCCGUUCAUGCCGGGAGUCCUGCACCUCAGUCUUUGGCGUGAGGCGCCUCUCGGCCCUGGAACUGCCCUCCUGCCUGGCUUUCCAAAGUCCACACCAGCUCUUGGGGCCCCAGGGGUCACCGAUGGCCACCCCAGGAGUUGGGAGCGUGCCUUGUGAAGCCUCUGUCAUAAGUGGGCCAGAGACCAACGUCACCGCGUGCAGCCGGAACGCGCAAGUCCCUGUGGGCGCGAGGCAGGCAGACGUGCUCCCUGGCUGUUUCCUAUCGAACCAAACACAAGUGCCUCAUUUCUGUGCCAAAUGUUUGCCUUGGUCUUUGCGGACCUUCUCCACCAACGGGUGCAGGGGCAGGCGUAGGGGAGUGUGCGGGCAUCUCCCAGAGCCCCCGGUGACACCUCCCAGGCCGCUGGUACCUCCGCUUUCCCUUCGCAGCAGAAAUGUGGCCAAGGAGACCUCAGCCUGAGAUGGCUUCUGCCCCGUGUGACCCAGAGACGGCGGCCGGGGUCCACGUCCUCCCGACGAAGGAAGAGAGGGCUCGUUCAGACAUAGCGCGAGGGCGGGUAUGGGAUUCGGGAGCACAGGCUGCGGGUGACUGAGGCAUUGGGGCCUCCCGUGUCCAGAACAUUCCAGAAGCCACACCUGCUUGCUUUUUGAACGGACCUGCUGGCUGCGGUUUCUCCUUCAAGGGGUCAGGGCGUCAGGAAGUUCACUCCCUCUCCAGAGCCGAGGGAGGCGGCCUCCCGGGUUCUGGUGAGCAGGUGUGACACAUGCAGUUCUGAAUCCAUGAACUCGGGGCUCAGACCUGGGGGAGCCCUGCCCCACCCUGGGGUCGCUCCUGGGAAGGGUCCAUCCCAGCUCCUGGCCUCCGGGCGCCCACAGGCACAGGGGUCCUGUCCUGGGAGGUCGCCGAGGCCUGCCCCCCCACGGGGUCGUAGCCAGGGUCCUAUUAACCUGCUCAUUAACCGUGUGCUGCAUCCCCCAGUGCUAACCUGUAACCACGUUAAGUCACACCGAAUUUAAGGGUCUCCACGUGGAUCCCCGGCGUCCGAGACCUCACGUCUCCUCCUCUGCCUUACUUAUUAGUGGGUAUUUUUACUUUUCUUAUAUUGUAAAGAAUAUAUCCAGUAUGUAAAUGAAUGUUCUAUAAACCUUUGUAUAGUCAUUUUCUCUGCUUUUCAAAUACCAUCUCUAUUCAGAGUAUAAUAAAAUUAUAAA